UUUUUUCUCUCCAUUUCUCUCCACUUUUUCUAUCCCACCGUUCAAAUUAUUUUAUUAGAUAAAGUGAAAGAUGCAGCUGCGCAUUUCAAAUUCUUUGAAUAGCCUUGGAAGAGAAAUAAUGACGAGGCAUUAUUGAACGGUACGAAUGGCCAAAACACUCGCAGCCGUGCACUCGCCGUAACCAUGGCCCGCCCCGGAUACUGUUCAUCACAUUGAACUUUUAUGAAGAUAAAGAUGGAGAUAAUGGAUGGGUGAAUAAUGGAUGUUCAUCAAUACAAAGUUUCUCAGUUUCGUCCUACUUUUCGGCACCUAAACUUCUACAUCUGCCUUCACAGCGAUUCAACUCAGAAGCUUUGAAAAUGAGAUUCGACAAGAUCAAGGUCGCUAAUCCCAUCGUCGAAAUGGACGGUGAUGAAAUGGCGCGAGUUAUUUGGAAAUCAAUCAAGGAUAAGCUCAUUCUACCCUUUCUGGAGCUAGACAUCAAGUAUUUUGACCUAGGCCUUUCUCAUCGUGAUGCUACUGAUGAUAAAGUGACAGUUGAGAGUGCAGAAGCAACUCUCAAGUAUAAUGUUGCAAUUAAGUGUGCAACUAUCUGUCCAGAUGAAGCUCGUCUGAAGGAGUUUGGUCUGAAGCAAACGUGGAAGAGUCCUAAUUUGACAAUUAGGAACAUCUUAAAAGGAACUUUGUUCAGAGAGCCAAUACUUUGCAAAAAUGUCCCACGCCUUGUUCCAGGUUGGACAAAGCCAAUAUGUAUUGGAAGGCAUGCUUUUGGUGACCUAAAUCAGUCAGAGACAGUAAUUAAAGGGGCUGGAAAACUGAAGCUGGUUUUUGUACCAGAAGGGCAAGAUCAACAGGCUGAAUUUGAAGUUUUUAACUUCACUGGUGAAGGAGGCGUUUCAUUAGCCAUGUAUAACACUGAUGAGUCUAUCCGUGCUUUUGCAGAGGCUUCCAUGUCAACUGCUUAUCAGAAAAAGUGGCCUAUCUAUCUUAGCACAAAAAAUACAAUUCUGAAAAAUUAUGAUGGAAGAUUCAAGGACAUAUUUCGUGAAGUUUAUGAGGCCAACUGGAAGUCAAAGUUUGAGGCUGCUGGUAUAUGGUAUGAGCACCGGCUCAUUGAUGAUAUGGUAGCUUACGCUCUCAAGAGUGAAGGAGGAUACGUGUGGGCUUGCAAAAACUAUGAUGGUGAUGUUGAGAGCGAUUUCUUAGCUAAAGGUUUUGGUUCUCUGGGUUUGAUGACGUCUGUUCUUGUGUGCCAUGACGGCAAGACUAUAGAAGCCGAAGCCGCCCAUGGAACAGUUACUCGACAUUUUAGGGUUCAUCAGAAAGGUGGGGAAACCAGCACAAACAGCAUAGCAUCCAUCUUCGCUUGGACAAGAGGGCUAGCCCACAGGGCAAAGUUGGACAACAAUGUUAGACUGUUGGAUUUCACUGAAAAACUGGAGGCAGCUUGCGUUGGAGCUGUAGAAUCAGGGAAGAUCACCAAGGAUUUGGCCUUAAUCAUUUAUGGAUCCAAGGUUUCUAGGGAAAAAUAUCUGAACACGGGGGAAUUCAUUGAUGCCGUAGCAAACGAGCUGAGAGCAAGACUUUCUGCUUAGGCCAGAUGGUCAUGAGACUGCUGUUUGGUUCCUCUCAAAUAUGAUCAUGAAACAUAGAUUAUAUGACCUCUUGCUUUGGAAUUCGCAGAUUUAUGUGACAUUGAUGGGGAAGACAAUAUAUUACACUAUAUUUACUA